ACAGGCUGGCACAAGAGGCCCUGGUUCCUGACGGAUGAGGGACCUGAGGAGACAGAAGGCCACAGAAUCCGAUCUGCGUGUAGGCAGAGGCAUGCGACCCAAAGCUGCCUGGGGUACCUCAUCUGCUGCCACAGGGGCCAAGGCCAUCUUGAACUGAUUCCUUGGCCCUGAGCCCCAAACCUGCAGGAGGCGGCCAGAAGCAGCGCAGCCCCUGUACUUCCCAAAAGCGCUACUGAGAACUUUCCCGGCCCGGCCCACAGGUGACUAGAGGGUCAGACCAGACGGAAAGGAUCCGCCUAUCCCAGCCUGGGGCUCAGACGGGCGAAGGUUGGUUCCCAAGGCCACGCGAAGCGCCCAAGCAGGCAAAACUAAUGCCAGAAGAAAGUUAAGAUCUCCCAGGCCUCUGUCACGCAACGCCCUACUGCCACCCCCAAGUGCGGCUCUUGCAACAGCUGUCGCGGCCGGCGCCAGCGGGACCUAAUCCAGCCCGGCAGAGGUCAGAGCGGAGGAGCGAUGUCCCACCGCAGUCCUGGCAGGAGCCUCGGGCCGCCAGCGCCGCCGCCGCCGCUGCCGCUGCUGCUGCUGCUGCCCUUGCUACUGCAGCUUCCCCGGGCAGCCGCCCUGGAGCCUACGUCAACAGGAGUCUACUAUGUAACCGCAUACUGGCUACCUGAUUCGAAGACAGUGGAAAUCAAGAAUGUGCUGGACAAGAACGGGGAUGCUUACGGCUACUACAAUGACUCCAUUGAGACCACAGGCUGGGGCAUCCUAGAGAUUAAAGCUGGGUAUGGCUCUCAGACCCUGAGAAAUUCCAUCAUCAUGUUUCUGGCUGGCUACCUGGAGGGCUACCUCACCGCUCUACACAUGUAUGACCACUUCACAAACCUGUACCCACAGCUGAUCAAGGACCCUUCCAUCAUGGACAAAGUGAAGAACUUCAUGGAUAAGCAGGACGCAUGGACUCGGAAAAACAUCAAAGAACGGACGGAUGACCCGUUUUGGAGACACACCGGCUACAUUAUGGCACAGCUGGACGGGCUUUAUGUCGGAGCACUGAAGAGAUCUACAGAAGAAAAUGUAAAGCCCUUGACGAUGUCCCAAGUUCAGUUUCUGAAUGCCGUUGGUGACCUGCUGGACCUCAUCCCCUCGCUGUCUCCCACAAAAGACGACAGCAUGAAGGUGUUUAAGAGAUGGGACAUGGGCCACUGUUCUGCUCUUAUUAAGGUCCUUCCUGGAUUUGAGGACAUCUAUUUUGCCCACUCGAGCUGGUACACAUACGCAGCCAUGCUCAGGAUCUACAAACACUGGGACUUCAGCAUAAAGGACAAAUACACCAAAAGCAGCCGCCACUCCUUCAGCAGCUACCCGGGGUUCUUGGAGUCUCUGGAUGACUUCUACAUUCUUAGCAGCGGCCUCAUACUGCUACAGACCACCAACAGUGUAUACAAUAAAACCCUGCUGAAGUUCGUGGAACCCGAGACUCUCCUGGCCUGGCAAAGAGUCCGUGUGGCCAACAUGAUGGCAGACGGCGGUAAGGACUGGGCAGAGAUCUUUUCAAAGCACAACUCUGGUACCUACAAUAAUCAGUACAUGGUCCUGGACUUGAAGAAGGUUCAUAUCAAGAAGCGCCUUGACGAAGGCACUCUGUAUAUCGUGGAGCAAAUUCCUACAUACGUAGAAUAUUCGGAACAAACUAAUGUUCUAAGAAAAGGAUACUGGCCUUCCUACAAUAUCCCCUUCCAUGAAAAGAUCUACAACUGGAGUGGCUACCCGCUGCUGGUUAAGAAGCUGGGUUGGGACUACUCUUAUGACUUAGCUCCCCGAGCGAAAAUCUUCAGGCGCGACCAAGGGAAAGUGACUGAUAUGGCUUCCAUGAAAUAUAUCAUGCGAUACAACAAUUACAAGGAGGACCCCUACAGUAAGGGUGAUCCCUGCAACACCAUCUGCUGUCGUGAGGACCUGAAUGAAGCCAGCCCAAGCCCUGGAGGCUGCUACGACACCAAGGUGGCAGACAUCUUCCUUGCAUUUCAGUAUACAGCCUAUGCCAUUAGUGGUCCUACCGUACAAGAUGGCCUCCCCGCUUUUGACUGGAAACGCUUCAACAAAACUCUCCAUGAAGGGAUGCCAGACGUCUAUAACUUUGAUUUUGUUACCAUGAAACCAAUUUUGACAGAGGACAUAAAGUGAAGAAUGGAGGAGGAAAAAGAAAGCUGUGAAUAAGACUCCAAAGGCACUAUUUUAGCUAUAUUUUCCCAUCUGUAUUCCUAAUAAAAAAUAUUAAAUUCCCUUCCAUUUUC